AUGAAAUUCGGCAAGAGCCUUAGCAACCAGAUCGAAGAAACCUUGCCUGAAUGGCAAGACAAAUUUCUUUCCUACAAGGACCUCAAGAAGAAGCUCAAGCUCAUGGAGCCUAGAGGCGGCGACAAUCGCCCAAACAAACGGUCAAGAUCCGACCCGAAUUCCGUCGACGCAGAUUCAACGGCUGGUAUGACGAAAGAGGAGCUCGAUUUCAUUCGACUUCUCGAGGAAGAGCUUGAGAAAUUCAAUUGCUUCUUUGUCGAGAAAGAGGAAGAAUACAUCAUCAGAUUAAAGGAAUUGAAAGACCAAGUGGCGAGGGCAAAGAAUUCAAAUGAAGAAAUGAUUAAUAUAAAGAAAGAGAUUGUAGACUUUCAUGGAGAAAUGGUCUUGUUGAUGAAUUAUAGUGCUCUUAACUAUACAGGAUUAGCAAAGAUUCUUAAAAAGUAUGACAAAAGAACCGGUGCUCUUAUCCGACUACCAUUCAUCCAAAAGGUUCUACAAGAACCUUUCUUUACGACCGACCUGCUCAACACAUUUGUAAAAGAGUGCGAGGCUAUGCUCGACCGCCUCUUCCCGUCUAACAAAGGUUGGAAUCCAGAGGUUGAAGGAGAGGCAACAACUUCGGUCAAGACAGCAACAGAGGGUUCUGAUCUUCUCAGAGUUCCAAAAGAUCUGUCUGAGAUUGAGUACAUGGAGAGCUUGUAUAUGAAGAGCACUGUGUCGGCAUUAAGGGUAUUAAAGGAGAUUCGCAGCGGUAGCUCCACGGUUAGCGUCUUCUCGUUGCCACCCUUACCGGCGAGUGGAUUAGAAGAUGAUUCCUGGAAGAAGAAAGUUGGUGUCCUCGAACAAGUAGCGAAAUAA